AUGGCACAAGCCAUUCUGGAAAUUGUCGAGUGCAACUUUCCUCCUGUUCAGCCGUUAGAAAGUGAAGAUGAAGAGGAUGAAGAAUUGGAACCGAUCCCUAUCCACCCUUGGGCUCAAGGAGUGAUCCCCAAGAAAUUGGCUCCGGCUGUGAUCUUAGGCUCCGCGAACGAUGUAAAAGAAAAUGAUACCCUAAUGGAAAUUAAGACGUCAUCGAAGUCCGUUGUCACAAUGGAGAAGACGACUAAGAAGAAAACCAGAGCAAAAAUGGACUCAGCAGAGUCUUCCGAAAUCCAUAAGAAACCCAUUCAGGAGAAGGAGUUUAUACCCGGAUGGAGCAAACGACCACCCGGAUUUCGGUACGUUCCCCACGCUGGUGCUGUCCUUAACAAUGUGAACAUGGAAAAUAGCGAAUCUUCUCGAAGACUGGCAAGAAGUCGAUCCAAGGAGCAAAUACCCUUACGCGCUCUGAACCUCCUGAAGAACAAUCUCGCCCAGAGCGCUGUUUUCGACGCUGACGGAAACAUCCUCGCGACUCUACCCCUGGCUCUGCGCAGUACUGUCACGAGCUCACGAGUACGCUUGAGGCCUUCGGAGAAGGCAGCGGCGGCGGUGGCG